CUUUGUGACAUGGUCUUUGUGUUCGCGUUCUAUCUCUCUCGACGUGAUUAGAAACUAUUUUGCAGGCGUUCUACCUCUAUCUGUAUGUGAUGGGAGUCCUCUUCAUUGUCUACAUAUACGCGUUCAUGAUGCGGAAGAAGCAAAUGGGCAUGCGAGAUAUUGCAAAAGCAGUAUCGCGCAGGCUAUCAUCGUCCAAAGCUCCCCCUACUUCCGUCUCAGAUCAUUCGAAGGAAAGACGAUUCAUCACGCACCAGUCAAUUAGCCACCCGAACUUCACAGGAAGUUUCUACCUACGACUUGGCGCGGUCUUGUUUGGAGUUGGAAGCAUGGUCGACAGCGGUCUGCAUUUUGGACAGCACUUCCAAGCCUUUGAUGGCAAGUCGAUGUGCAACAAACCUAUUGAGGCUGCCAAGCCGUUCGGACAACUCGUCUUCACGUUUGUCCAGCUCUAUUUCGUCUUCUUGAGCGCAAAAUUAUGUAUCCACAACACCAAGACGGUCACUAGGUUUGGUAUGAUACACCUAUGCUGUACUAACAUUUGUGUCUGGAUCCAAAGCCUCGUUGUGGAAACAAUGUCUGUCUUACACAACUGGAAUCAAGAGAACAAGGUCAUACCAACUGAAGUAGACCUAGCUUCAAACCAGACAGACAACUACGAGUCAACAAGCUUGAGCGGUUCGAACUUUACUGAACACAGCUCAGUUCCGGAAGUGACGUGUUAUUGGGACGACAUGAUGUCACGUGUUGUGCGGUCCACGGGACCAUACCUGUAUUCAUGUACUAUUGAAUACAGCAUUAUAUGUACUGGUAUCCUGUACGUAAUGUGGAUGAACAUUGGCACAGAUCAAAGUACGAAAUGUCAAACAACGGCAACCGAAAAUGAUGCAAACGAUCAAAAUGAUGACGACAGCAUUUCAUCAAACAGGACAUCUCACAAAAUUAGCAUAGACUGUACAAACUCCAGUCGGGGGCUGUUUAUUGGUAUUCUUGUGUCUGUUUGUGCUAUCAUUACAACCGUGGCAUUCUACGUCAUGAUAAACCUAGAAGCAUUCCAAGAGUCCGCCGUUGUAUUGAUGUUACUAUCCGAAAUGAGUAUGUAUAUUCUUACAAGUAUUGCUAGUUUCCUUGCAGCUGAAAGAAUGCAUAAACUACGGCACUAUUCUGCUCUCAGAUUUGGACUUGAAGAGAGCUUGCUCCUGGCAUCAUUCACCGGACUUCUUCUUUUCGGAGUGUUCAACAUUGUACCGGAUGUGUAUUACACAGAGAAAGCGCUUGGGGUACUGAACGUGAUGACAAACAUUCUCAUGAUUUUACAAGCGUCUAUUCAAACUGUCCUCCUUCUCGCCACGAGGAAGCUUCGAGCUUGUAACAAGGGACAAGAAAAAGGAAAAUAUGGCCGACAGUUCGUAACAUUUCUCAUCCUUUGCAAUUUUGCAAUGUGGACACUGGAAACAUUCCAAUCACGAGAACCCGAACAUAAUUACAUUCAAGUCGAUUUGUAUGGCAUAGAAGCAUGGACGCUCUUCUCUCACAUAGUGGUGCCACUUGCGAUAUUCUUCCGCUUUCAUUCAUUCGUUUAUCUAUUAAGUAUUUGGAAAAGUGCGUGGAAAAUAAAGACAGAAUCAGAGAAAGACUGACACAAUGUAUAGGAAUGUUUGUAUAUUGACUAACUUAUUAGCAAAUGAGAUAUUCGCUCUUGUGUUUUAUAAGAAAUGUAUCCUAUGGUGGUCAACGAUGAAAGUGAAAUUAAGCGUGCGCCUUUAUACAAACCAUGAUAUUAUUUAGAAAAUAUAAGAGUUAUUAUAGUUUAUAAAACGACACCCAUGGAGAUGGCACCUUUAAUGGUUUUACUAUUAGACAGUUGCCACAUACAGCUGUUUCGUCGUUCUAGGAUUCGUCAUUGAUGCUUGGGACAUCAGACAGCUGUUUCGUUCUUCUAAGAUUCAUCAGUGAUGUAAGGAACAUCAUACAGCUGUUUCGUCCUUCUAAGACUCGUCAGUGAUGUUAGGAACAUCAUACAGCUGUUUCGUCCUUUUAAGACUCGUCAUUGAUGACAAGGGUCAAAAGUAUAGAAAUCUAGAACAGAAGUCAGAAAAAUCAAAAUGUAAAUAAAUACAUGAUACGAUAAAAGGAGGGCAGAUUAACCCGAUAAUUUGAUCAUGUCCAUCUUUUAAUAUAUGAUUAUCUCAUGCUGAACCGUUGUUACUACUUAACUGUGAAUAUUUACUUCAUUAUAAUAUUUGCUAAAGAAUUUAAGGAAAUAUCCAAAUAAUCAUUAUAAGAUCUAUAUACCAGAUUUACUCGGACGCUCUCAACAGCUUUUCAGUCGCGCGAUUCACUGGUUACAAACAGGAAUUGAUUUAAUCCUUUAGGCAGGACACGUCGUAAGUUUAAUUUUACAUCUUACUGAUUUAUUGUCCGUAUACAACCUGGACAAAUUCCUCGUGAAAUAAGUUGAAUAACUUAACAAUUUUUGACGAGUUUCACAAUUUAUCUCCAUAUCUAAUAUCAAAUAUGAAGUUGAUAAGUGACUAUGAAUUCAGUGAUAAAGAAUUUAAAAGAAAGUUAUGAAAUUAUGGUCGUCACUGCUUCCAUCUCGUCUAGUGGGACAUUUCACACUAACUUUUGAGGUACAGUUUAUCUUGUGACGUCACGAAAUGGAUCGAUGAUAAUAGCCUCUGGCGUAAUAACGUCAGUGUCAUCAUGUUUAUGAUUAAAAAAGCCUGUACGUGUUACUAAAGAUAAAAGACAACGAAAUUCCUAUUUCUCGUCUGCCCCGAAUAAGGUCGUUUUUAUUUUUAUUUUCAUGUUUACUGCCAGGAUUUGAAUGGUUUUCCGUUUAAUAUAACACAUAUUUCACAAGUAUGACAGCAUAUCGAUAAAUAUCGAAAUAUUCUGUCAUACGAGUGAAAUAUUAUCGGUUAACUUAAACGGGAAACCAUUCAAUUUUCUUUUUAUUGCAUUUGAUAUACUUAAAAACAAAAUCAAAAACAUCGAAAACUUGAUACUGUCAAAAAGUGCAGGAAUCAGUAACACAAUUCAUCUCAACUUAACGACGCCAUUUUGAAAGGACUGAUCAAUGCAAUUUAAGCGUUUUCUGCUGUUAUCGGAGAAUCUGUGCUUGAAAAGUAAAUGUCAAGUGAUUAUUUUAUGUGAAAUAAACUCUAUAUGUUUUGAUGGUUGACACGGUGACCUUUGGCCGGGACUAUUUUUACUCACGUGGUUCAAUGUAAUUUGAUUGGUUAACGCAUGAAGGUCGCUUCACGAUGUCCUGGAAAUGAUAACGCAUAAGAACUAGUUCCCAGUUGUUUGUUAUAUUCUUGAAAAUAUAUAUAGAUUUAUAUCAAUUUAUGGUUUUGAAAGAAUAAGCCUACUUAUUAUUUUUUAUGAUUUGUAAUAAAUUGUAAUAUUUCCAUACAUUCCGGAUUUGUCAGUUUUGCAUAUUAAUUAGCGGCAUUUCAAAUA